ACUAAAUAGUAGAAAAUUGUGGAUUGAUAGAUAUGAUGGUUGGUUGGAAGUUCAGUUCUUGGGUGUGGAGAUGGAUUGUUAUUUACUUGAUGUAUUUACAUAUUAUUCAUUAAUUACCAUUAUUAUAAACAUAGAAAUAUCUGAAAUAUGAAUAGACCAUUGCUUCACUCAAUCCCAUAAAGCUGAACUCCAAAAAAAUAUUAGGUAACACCUAUAAAUGUAAUAAAUUCUUUUGCCCAUUUCAGAUAGAUUUAUAUUAUCGAUCCUAUUUCAAUCAUCUAUUGUAUAGACUCUGAAAUUGUAUCAAACUCACCCACCAAGAAAAAUUAUUCUCAUUUUCGAAAAUAAGCUGUUUUUAACUCGAUUUUCAUAAGUAAGCAUCUUUUCAUGGGGUUAAACAACAAGCUUUUUUUCUGUUUCAGCUGAGUAGCUACACUGUGAAGCUGAAUCCUUUGGUGAGUUUGAGAUGGGUAACAGCAGUGAUCAACCUGAUGAUCUAGAAAAACAGAGCAAUUCAACUGUUUUAGCCCAGCAAGGGAUAGAGUUCAAUCAAGGACAGGUCACCAUUGUUAUCUCUGAUGAUGGAGAGUCCAUAGCAAACUUAUCCAAGGAUGUGCCCUCACCUAAAAAGGGGUUCUUAUCAAGGAGUGAUAGUUAUGAUGAAGAAUGCAGGGUAUGUCAGCAGGAGAAAGAGGAACACCUCAUAGACCUCGGUUGUCACUGCCGAGGGGCUCUUGCUAAGGCUCACAGAUCAUGCAUAGAUACUUGGUUUCGCACAAGAGGAUCAAACAAAUGCGAGAUAUGCCAAGAGGUAGCUACAAAUGUUUCACCACCAGAGUCCCAGCCAAUCACAAAUUAUUGGGUAUGGAGGAUUGAUCCAGCCUCUCGGUCACAGAAUCAAGAUAGGGGGUGCUUUAGCCCGCUCUGGGUGGCUUUUUCCAUUCUCAUUGGUGGCUUAAUGCUUGAUGUCCUAAUAUCAAUUACUCUUGGUGUCUCUGCACUGCCUGUCAACAUUAUUAUAGGUGUCAUCGUGGUGCUUGGUCUUGGAACCGCGCUGCGACUUGCCUUGGAAUUCUGUCAUGAGUGGAGUAUGAGAAGAGUUGCACAAAGGGUGGAAACAAACGUGGAUCAUGCUUACCAUCCAGCUUUGUAGGUAAAUUUGUGCAUGGUCAGAUGUUGUUCUUGAAAACAAUCGUUUAAUUUUUGCAUUGACCUGCUCUGAAGUGUGUAUAAUGUUACCCCUUGUCUGUAUAUUUGCCACGGUUUAUGAUAGUUACCACACCAACACAUUUUGAUGAACUGAAAUUAAAACUUCAUUUAAUGAAUGUAUCCAUUGAGAGUUUA